AUGGAGUCGACUUCAGAAAGUCCAACAAGUAUAAUGGGGUUGUUUCUGAACUGGAAGACGCUGGCAGCAUUACUUGCCUUGACGAACUUUAAGAGUCUUCAUUUAAUGUGGUUUAUACGUUUCCUCCGUGCCUUUGCUCGUAGGCUCACGGACUCUGCCCCAGAUAAACAUCUUUCCCCUCGAUGCUUGUUCCUCCCAGCUAUCAGCGCAACGAGGUCCCCAGCCCUCGAAUGCGAUUACAAUCUUCACAAAUCGAACUCGACGUACUUUACCGACAUGGACAUGUCUCGUGGGAACUUCAGUCUCGUUCUCUUCAGCAAAGCCUUCAAUCCAUUUCCUGGCCCAACUCACUUCACCAUGAUUCUUGGGGGAACAACAUGUACGUGGCGCAAAGAGAUCAAGCCAUAUGCAAAAUACGAGCUCUGGACACGGGUUCUCACCUGGGAUGAGAAGUGGUUAUAUGUGGUCACGCAUUUCGUCAAGCCGGGGGUCUUUCGUCCAGAUGAAUACGUCAUGCAGCCUACGAAGAAGGUUACAGUCGGAAAGCGGUGUAAGGAAGACCCAGAGCCUUUGAAAUGCAUUUAUGCCUCUUCAGUGGCCCGGUAUGUGUUUAAGAACAAUCGACGCACAAUAGCACCAGAGACAGCGCUUCGAGAGUGUGGUCUGCUGCCAGAUGAUGAUGCAAGUAUGUUAAAGGUGGAAGAGACAAGAGUUAGUAACCUUGAGAUUGGACGCCUUGAGGCUGGUUGGGACUCGGUUCACAAUUGUUUUCAGUAUAAGGGUGCUGCUCUAGGAUGGUAUCAUAGCGUGUAUUGA